AUGCCUGACCCGUUCAAAAUUCUGGGCACAAUUUUACAAAGCUUGAUUCGAAAAUGUAGAGUGAAAGAUCCCAAGUCCCAUCAUGACUUUGUCAGUACAGGAGUGGUUAAUGAUAAGCACCAAGUCAUCGUUUAUUACGCAGGCAACUUCAACAACAUCUCCAAGCAGUAUGGUACUGUCGCCACUUUGCAGUUUAACUCGGAUAGUCAAGCAAAAGAGUACAAAUCCAAGCAGGACUCUUUGAUGGCUACCAGCACCGAACCCAGCCCAAUUGUCUUCCGAAGUAAAAAAAGCACGCUACAUGAUGUGUUUUUUGGAGAAUCGGAGUACGGAGAUAAAGCUAAAGCGUUCGAUUUAUACAUCGGACUGCCUUCUCGUGGAAGUAAGCCUUUCAUGUCAGCUAGAUUGAAGGUGGUGGAUGUCCCACAGUACGAACACUUUGACGACGACGAAUACCCGGAGUUCCUUUCGUACUUCAUGUAUGGCGAUAAGAAGGACGCUUUCUUAUUCCACAUUCCAACUAAGAAUCUUGAUUUCCUUCAGAUUGUCAAACUGGAUGGCAUUCCCAAGGGAGUAGGCUCAGAAGGCAUCAAAGAUCUCCUGCUAAAGAAAGGCAUUGAGGUCAACUUGCCUGAGAUCAGUGGAUCCUGGCCAGAAGGUCAUGACGAUGUGAAAGAUCCACUCAAGAAUCAUAAAUACGAGAUCAAAUUUGUUGGAAUCGAUGGCGAAGAAGUUGCAAGUAAAGUGAGGAUUAAAAGGAAGGUCUGGUUUGAUGGAACUAAACUCAAAAAGUAAAGGUUACCAAGAUUAUUGUCAGUGCUUUAAGAACAAAUUCAAAUCGUUAUUACAGAUAAUCAUUUGUCGUGACUUGUAACAUUCGACUUUAAGAGCAAAUGUCACCAAAUAUCAAACAAUUUUAAAAUUUCGUGGCAACAGCUCAAAAAUCAAUUUGGCCCAUAAUCUCAUGUUAGGUAAACCUUAAUGUAAAACAAAACACUUCAUAGUUUAUUUUGCAGUAAAUGGUCUCAACC